AAUCCUUUCGACUCCACAGCGCCAAUCUUGCAUUUCCGCGAGAGCCCAUCAGCACGAUGAUGAUGAUGAUGAUGGGCAGGAAAGGAGAAAAAAGCCUUGUGGGGAUGAAAAACCACCAAAGAGCAAAAAGGAUCUAGCCUGACCGACAGAACGGCAAACGGCUCAGUUACCAGCGGGAAGUCGAAGCGUUCGGUUCAGCAGUCCGGUAAAAGGAUCCUAACGCAGCAGAUCCCUACAGCAGUAGCCCAGAAGUGAAUUCUAGGUGGGCUUCAACAAAAACCACUGAUCGGAAGCUUCAGUGCUCCAGAUUUCGAAAUCGCCCAUCUAGAGCACCCAAUAUGGACAGCAAAGAGUUCCGACGCCGCGGUACCGAGAUGGUCGAGUACAUCUGCAACUAUCUGGAAACGCUCGAGCAGCGGCGUGUUACACCGUGCGUGGAGCCGGGCUACCUCCGGCACCAGCUGCCGGACGAAGCGCCGGAAGAACCGGAACCGUGGGAAAAGAUCAUGCAGGAUGUGGAGGAUAAGAUUAUGCCGGGCGUUACGCACUGGCAGCAUCCGCGCUUUCAUGCGUACUUUCCGUCCGGGAACUCGUUCCCCUCGAUACUGGGCGACAUGCUGAGCGAUGGGAUCGGUUGCAUCGGGUUUUCCUGGGCGGCCAGCCCGGCCUGUACCGAGCUGGAGACGAUCGUGCUUGAUUGGUUGGGCAAAGCGAUUGGACUUCCGGACUCAUUCCUUGCCCUUAAGCCAGGCAGUCGUGGCGGUGGCGUUAUACAGACGUCCGCGUCCGAGUGCGUGCUGGUUACGAUGCUGGCCGCUCGGGCCCAAGCCAUCAAGUAUCUGAAGCAGCAGCACCCGUUCGUCGAGGAAGGCCACCUGUUGUCCAAGCUGAUGGCGUACUGCUCGAAGGAAGCGCACAGCUGCGUGGAGAAAGCGGCCAUGAUUAGCUUCGUGAAGUUGCGCAUCCUAGAACCGGAUGAAAAGUGUUGCCUGCGUGCGGACACACUGAUAAAGGCAAUGGAGGAAGACGAACAGCAAGGCUUGAUACCGUUCUUCGUGUCGACCACGCUCGGAACAACGGGUUCGUGCGCAUUCGACGAUCUGGGCGAGAUCGGCGAGGCACUGCAACGGUUCCCAAGCGUUUGGCUGCACGUCGAUGCCGCCUACGCCGGCAACGCGUUCAUCUGCCCGGAGCUCAAGUACCUGCUGAAGGGCAUCCAGUACGCGGAUUCGUUCAACACCAACCCGAACAAGUGGCUGCUGACGAACUUCGACUGUUCGACGCUCUGGGUGCGCGAUCGCAUCCGCCUGACGUCGGCGCUGGUCGUCGAUCCGCUUUAUCUGCAGCACGGCUAUACCGAUUCCGCGAUCGAUUACCGGCACUGGGGCGUACCGCUGAGUCGCCGGUUUCGCUCGCUCAAGCUGUGGUUUGUUCUGCGCAGCUACGGUAUAUCCGGAUUGCAGGCGUACAUCCGCCAUCACAUCGAUCUGGCGAAACGAUUCGAGGCGCUCGUGCUGAAGGACAGUCGGUUCGAGGUGUGUAACGACGUAAGGCUGGGGCUGGUGUGCUUCCGGCUGAAGGGAACGGAUCGGAUCAAUGAGAAGCUGCUCAGCAGCAUCAACGCGUCCGGCAAGCUGCACAUGGUACCGGCUUCGGUCAACGAUACGUACGUCAUACGGUUCUGUGCCGUUGCGCAAAAUGCCAAAGUUGAGGAUAUUGAUUAUGCAUGGGACGUCAUUACGGACUUUGCCUCGGAAAUACUGGAAAAGGAACAGGCGGACGAGGUCAGCGAGAUCGUCGAUCGGCGCAAGACACACACGCUCGCCCAAAAGCGUUCGUUCUUCGUACGCAUGGUGAGCGAUCCGAAGAUCUACAACCCGGCCAUCAACAAGGCCCAAACGCCGCAUCGUAUGUCCACCGAGUUAACCUCACCCGGGCAUGAUGGCACUGUGGUCACCGUACAGUCACCCAAGACUCCCGGCUCGGCCACCUGGAUUAGUUGGCCAUUGGCAUUCCUGUUCGCAUCCGCCGAUGAUGGAACGAAAAAUGAUGUCACACUCAGAUUCCGCCACCUUGACACCAUGAUGCGACUAUCGGCGUCGCGCCGUAACUCCGCCACCGGCGGUUCAUCUCCAUCGCCCGAGGGAGAGAACGGCAUUACCCUGCUGAAGUCGCCCAAAAAAUCCCCAAUCCUAAUGCGAAAGCGUGGCUCAUCGCCGAAUCCACCAGCGGCAGGUACGAACAACGGUUCGGCGGCUAAGUAAACCCGUCGCACUCCACACCGUUAAAUGGGAAAAGGAAUGAUGAACACUAGCUUUCUCUUGACUCUUGAAAACCAAUGUGAGACAUACCUUUAAAACAGCUGGAGCAGUACUCGCUAUGAUGCAGCUAUUUUAACACUUAAACCAUCAAACACUAAUCUACACACCCUGACCCUGAUACGUCCUGUUGAAAGAUAGUUAAAGAACAUGCGAACCAAAUCCAUUCCAGAUCUACGCACACCGAUUCUACCGAAGAACUCUCUCAAAUGUAAGCCCGGGUAGCUGAUCUUGUCCGCUAGACAUAGACAAAUGUUGAACUUAACUUUGCUGUAUUUAUUCCCAACCGCACAAAUAAACACAAAUGAUCGAAUCGCAAAAUCUGCUCCAAAAUGACGACAAUUAGAUGUAGCACGACACGUGUACCGAAAUCUCCGCUCACCCGGGCACACUAAGUGGUCGCUCUUAG